UCAAGUGACCCCAUCUCGGUGGCAAACAUCACCAUGGCUCCAUACUAUCAGCACUCGCUGGUCAUGGGUGUUGUGUACACACUGACCUACCUGUUUAUCUUCCUGCUGUGCAUGAUAGGGAACGGCCUGGUGUGUGUGAUCGUGCUGAGGAACCAUCACAUGCGCACAGUGACCAAUCUCUUCAUCUUUAACCUGGCCAUCAGUGACCUCCUGGUGGGCAUAUUCUGUAUUCCCACCACUCUGCUCGACACUCUCAUCACAGGUUGGCCCUUCAGCAAUACAGUGUGUAAAGUGAGCGGUCUUGUGCAAGGGAUGUCCGUGUGUGCUUCCGUGUUCACACUGGUGGCCAUUGCUGUGGACCGCUUCCGCUGCAUCGUUUAUCCCUUCAAGGCUAAGCUUACCCUGCUUGUUGCCAAGGCUACUAUCGGUUUGAUAUGGUUACUGGCCCUGGCCAUCAUGUUCCCCUCGGCAGUGAUGCUGACUGUUGAGCAAGAGAAAGAUAGCAUGGUUCUCUGGCACAAUCGCACCUACCCGCUGUACUACUGCUACGAGACCUGGCCUGACCCGGAGAUGAGAAAGGUCUACACCACUGUAUUGUUCACCCACAUCUACCUGGUGCCUCUCACACUUCUCGUCCUGCUGUACGGGCGAAUUGGGGCCAAGCUUUUCCGCAGACACGCGUUGGCCAACGUGGAGCACCCGUGCGCAAACCCGCCAGUCAAGUCCCCCAAAACACAGCGUCACGCGCGGGUCAUCAAGAUGCUGGCGGUGGUGACCUUGCUGUUCAUGCUGUCCUGGCUUCCGCUCUGGACCCUGCUGAUGCUGACUGACUACGCGCGGCUGGAGGGCGACAAGCUUGACCUCCUCACCGGAUACAUCUUCCCCUUCUCCCACUGGCUGGCCUUCUCCAACUCCAGCGUGAAUCCCAUUAUCUACGGCUACUUCAAUGAGAACUUCAAGAAGGGCUUUCAGGACGCCUGUCAGACUCAGUCCUGCUGCUUCAGCGUGCCUGGGGGGCCAGUGGAUAAGAGGAGGGGCCGGCAAAACUGGGCUCGGGGUCCCAGGGAAGUGGUUCUGGCCACCAACCUGGGGGUGCGGAACCGGGUGCACACUGACAGCGACCUGGUGGGGUCUGUGCAUUUGGAGAUGGAGAACCGGACAGAGGGGCUGGUUGUGGAAUGCAGGAACUCUGGGAAAGAGAGUUCAGGAAGCAGUCGCGGAUUGAAGAGCACAGACCUUGACAAGCAUGAUGCAGAGAUUAUCUCUCCAAAACGAGCUGUGUGCUGCCAGGCCUGGGAGCUGUGAAAGGCAUUUCAAUUGAGUGAACUCAGGUGAAUCUGAAGAAGAAACAGGCUUUAAAAAAAAAGCUAUUGAAAAGGUGUCAAUUUGGCAGAGCAUCAAACAUCAUAUGGUGAUAGAAUAGCUUGGGCUCUGGGGAAAAAAAUCUGAACAAAAAAGUAGGCUAGAGUAAAAAAAAAUACGGUAACACUUUACUUGACGGCUGAGUUCAUAACACAUUCAUAGCAGCUGUCAUAAACGGCACAUAAAGCAUUCAUGA